ACGCUAACAAAUAAAAUGUAGUUUUUGCGGGAAAAACAAGUGUUGCGUUCAAAAUGAUAUUAAGGACAACAUAUACAAUGAAAUUUUGAACACGCCAAGGCACUUUUUAUUGUUACUAGACAAAAGUAGUAAUUUAGGUAAAAUUUUAAUGUAUCUUCUAAAAAUUUUGUUCGCUAAAUCACACGAUAUUAUUGGCUGUAAAUAGUUUUUUGCUAUAAAAGGUGAACUGGCGCAUCGUUAAAAAUUGUGGAGCUUGCUGAGGAUUAUUUUACUUGGAAAAAUUGUUGUUUCUACCCUAGAGAUAACCAUGAGACGGUUUAUUCUCUGCUUCACUGUCAUCGUGCUGGCAAGUGUCGCAGUCGAAUCCCUGCCUCAAGGCGGUGGUGGUGGUGGUGAUGCUGGAGCUGGAGCUGGAGCAGGAUUCGGCAUUGGCGGUGGAGCCGGAGCAGGAGGUGGUGGCCAAGGCGGCGGAGGUGGCCAAGGUGGUGGUGACGCCGGAGCCGGGGCUGGCUUCGGUAUCAGCGGCGGAGCUGGCGGUGGCGCCAAUGGAGGCGGUGGAGGUGGUGGAGGCAGAUGAUGACUUCAUUUGCGUUGGGCUGUGCUGGAAAUUUCGAGAUGUUUAUAAUGCUCCUGUAACUGAUGCAUUAUGUUAAUGACUUUGGAUGUUUUUAAAUACCCUUAUUAUUGCAAAUGAAUGCGAAUAAAAAAAUGUUGAUUUU